UUUCUACCUAUGCAUAUGAGAAGGUUCGUAAAAUCAUAUCGUUUGUUGGAACCUUUGCAAGCGAAUGGACGUAUUGGCAUUAAAACUGAACAGUCACUGCUAGCAUCAUCACGAGUAAUGAUGACAGCUGACCAAGAAUCAGUUGAAAGGACUUUUGUAUUUCAGUUCCCGACUUGCACUACUAAACAGGAAUAUAGACUGGAAGUACCAAUAUAUAUUCCGUACUCUGGUUCAAUAAAAGAAUUAACACAGCGUCUAAUUUCUUCAUUUAAACUGCCUUGUUAUGUUGAAAAAGAUUUACAGCCAGCUCUAGUUAAAUUUGUGAAGGAACAAACAAUUAAGUAUUAUGAUGAUGUUUCUGAGAAAUUAAUUCAGAGUGCAAGAAGUGGUGAUAUAGAUGUUGAAGAAGUCAUCAAGACUUGGGAGAAAGCCUUCAGACAGGAGACGGUCGAAUAUACUGAGCCCCAAGGAGCCACAGACGAGGAGCUGUUCUCUACCGUGUAUCAUAAACUAGUCCACUCCCCAGCCUUAGAAGCCAUGCUACAAGUGGAACACUCAUAUGCAUUGGCUGUACGUGAACUGACUGGACAGAGGGACGAACAAGUCGCAGCUCUUAUACAGAAGCAGACACAGGAGAUGGCCUCAGCUGUGGAGGGAUUCAAUGUGUACAGCAGUGAACAAGACAUAAAUCAGCUCGCUGCGCACCACUUUGAGGACCAGAAUCUGCUACAGGGGAAGUGGAACAGUGAGGUGGACACACUGAAGGAGACGCAACGCAAGGAGUAUCGGGAGUGGCUUAUGAAGAUGCUGGAAGAACAUCAGACCAAUGUGACGCUGCCUACCCCUACAAAUUCACCCCUAACUGCACGUGCCCCAAGAAUAUUCCACAGUGGAAGCCAAGAAGACAACAUGCCUGUACAUCGUCUGGAGGAAAGUUUCACCAUCCAUCUUGGCUCGCAGAUGAAACAGAUGCACAACAUUCGCAUUCUUUCGGCUGAUGUGUUGGAUUUUUGUCGCAUCAGACCGCAAGCUUCUUCAGGUCUUGAUCCACAACCACAACGGCUUCAAACUGCUCUGGCACUGUACUCAAAUGAUCUGUAUGGACUGGUUAUUCUCACAGACAGUCACAUUGGCAGUUACUCAGGCCUCAGCAAAGAACUCAAUGAAGUGUGUCAGCAUUCAACAGACUUUCACUUCCCAUCUGUCGACGAUCAACUGGAGAAAAUACGAGAUGAGGCGAAGGAGGCAGUGGCAUGGCGGCAGUCCCACUGGGGCCGCAGCAGUAGUGGCGAGCAUUUGGUGACCCUUACUUCAUCAGAGAAACAGUCGCGGCGCUCUGGUUCAACAAAGAACUUGCAGACAGGAGAUGUGUAUAUCACAAGACAUUCAAACCUAGCUGAGGUUCAUGUGAUAUUUCAUAUGGUGGUGGAUGAUUCAUUGAGAUCAAGUGAUAUCAACUCCAGACACCCUGUAAUCUUGGGACUGCGUAACAUUCUGAAGACGGCCUGCUCCAAAGACAUUACUACGCUAACAGUACCAGUUCUUUUGGUGCAUGAAAUGACAGAGGAGAUGACUGUUGCCUGGUGCACCAAAAGAGCUGAAUUGGUCUUCAAAUGUGUUAAAGGUUUUAUGAUCGAGACUGCGUCUUGGGGAGGCUCUGAGCUAAAGAACUUGCAGUUCUUGGUUCCUAAAGGUAUUUCUGAGGAGGUGUUCGGAACUCUGGCCACCAUGUUGCCGAGCAUAUUCCGCGUAUCUAAUCCUCUCGUCUUCAAAGCAUCGUCAUCGACACCGCAUACGCCUAAAAGUGGAUAAACACCGGAAUGCAGCAGAUGUCAGCGAUAUCUACUUAGAUUGCUGUAUCCUGGGUUAUAUUACUGUGUGGUCUGGUGGGAAUUUAUCAACAUUGCAUUGGCCCUUUUUGCUUCUAUCUUCAGGGAACCCUGACGAUGGAGGCAACAAGGACUCCUGACUAUAUUGUGCAACAACCCAGGAGACAGCCAACUUCACACUCAUCACUGCGAGAACCUCGAAUCCUACUUAAUAUCUACUUAAUUUAUAGCUUUGCUGAGUUAUUUGUGUGUAAUAUAAUGUACAAGAAAGAUUAAAAAUGCAUUUCAGAAAUGAGAUGAAUUACGUGUUUAA